UAUAUAUAUAUAUAUGCGACAAAACAAUGCCGAUACUCGAACGCGGAACUAUAGACCGGAACCUGCGACACAGCGCGACGAUAAACUGCCGCGCUUCGUCACUCCACAUGAUUUCGCGUUCCUUCGCGUCCGCCCGAGCGUCUUGCCCGCUGACGAGUAAAUGAUUAUGAAACCGGAAAAAAAAAAAAAAAAACUUGCGAGCGAGACGUCCGAGGAUUGGUGCAGGCAAGCAUGCUGGAGGCAGGGGCUUGUGCGGCCGCGCGGUGCGGUGACACGUGAUAGAUUCUGGGGGUUCCCUGGGACGCUAAACAAACCCACUAACGCUACCGCCCCUCGUCGGCUCCUUCGAGGCCUGUGGGAGCUUUCUAAGCGAGGGUCCAACUUCAGCAGGUUAGCAGUGUGUGCACGAAGUCUGUCUGCUGACCAGCAAAGUGGCAUGCUGCAUGCUAGCACGUUCCUGGCGACCCUGCUGGGUUUCUGCUCUGCCCUGGGGACUGUGUCAGUGACUUACCAGGGUGACAGCUUAGUGGCCGAGAUAAGCGGAGUGCCAACAGGUUCAUCCCUGCAACUGGUGCUGCUUCGUCCUGAUGCCAUUGGCUGUGCAGACAGUGAGGCAGGGACCGUCGUGGAAAUGGAGCCAAUCACGGCUGAGGAUAUGAGGAUGUCCUUUCCUGCUGGCAGACUGCAACCUGGAAGUUACUGUGCUGUGGUGCAGUCACCCAGUGGGAAUUUCACAUCGGAGCAGCCGGCUAAAGUCGAGAAACAAAACUCUGAUGACAGAGGCAGUGGCAUUAGAGACAAAGGGCCAGCCUGCAGGAAUUGGAAUUCCACCGUGAUCGUUCAAGGCUCUUAUGCACAGAGCAUUACGGCAUCCGUGAACCUCUUUGAGGACAAGACGCCCCAGUGUGGACAGCUGCGCGUGGGUCUGUGGGAAGUGAUGAGCAGCGAGGGGGACCAGUCCACCCCCUGCCUCACUGGAAUCAUCUUUGCAGGCGAAAAGACAAAGACCAUUGCUAACCUCUCUGUGGUGGUGCUGUUUGAAAACUUGACCGCAGGGAACUACUGUGUUCGGGUGACUCCCGUGUGCGAUCCAACCGAGGACUGCCUCACUCUCACCUCCAAAGUCAUCCAGCUGUUCUCUGCUCAAACAGGCCCUAGGUCCCAGAUGGCCGAGGCAGCUGCACAGAGUCGUCUGCUGUGGCUGCUUCUGCUUCCACUUCUGCUGGGUGCAGCUGCGGUCAUUGUGCUGGCUGCCUUCUGGGUGCGGCGUCGGACCUGGAUGGCACGCAACAAGCUUUUCAUCCUGGGCUCACCCCCGCCAGUGUGCCGCAAGCCUCAGAUGAACCCGGGCCCUCCUGUGGUGAAGGUGGUGUACUCACGUGACAGUGAGCCCCACGUGGCAGCGGUGACCCAGCUGUGUGAACUGCUCCGGGGGGAGCUGGGCGUGCGGGUCGAGUGGGACGAGGUGGCGGUCGGUCAUGCGCACGUCACGCAUGACUGGGCCAUGGCCAUGGCACAGCUGCCAUGCCCUCACUUCAAUCCUUCUGCCAUGGCGACCGCCACUUCCCCCGUGAAGAUGCUGGUGCUCGAAUCGGAUGGCGCACUGCUCAAGCACCAGGCCUACCGACGGCACAAGGACUUGGGCCAGGCAAGCGAGAGCAACAUCGAUGAGCUGUACCACACGACAUAUGCGGCGCUGCUCUCGAACCACGCGCAAGCGCUGGGCGACUACUGCCACAUUGCGGUGGCCCGGCUGCCGUACACCACGCUGCCCGAUCGUCUCGACUUGGUGCCCGAGAAGCGGUACCAUCUGCCGCAACACCUGCAGCCGCUGCUGGUGGCCCUGCUGCACGGGACGACGCUGCCAGAGAGUCGCGCCGACUUGGCGCUUCGCUCGGAGGCAUGCAGCCGCUUCACCAGUGCUCUGGCCAAUGCCGGCAACACCCACGAGGAGAGAGGCUUUGCAGAGGACAGUGUGUGCGGGAAACUGCGAUCCAUGCUGCUUGCCGCCUAGACGUGACUACGGCGUUGCUCUGGCGAAACUCGGCUCGAAGCCUGUGCCAACAUGACACUUCCCCAGAACGUGUCAAGUCGUUUCUACAGUGGUCUUACAGGUCUGCAGUGGUUUUACAGUGUGGUGGUGAGAAUGUGAAGGCUUUGCAUUGGACAGAGUAUAGACAGAAAACUGUGGAGCCAUUCUUCAAAGUUCCUGAUGGGUGGAGGUCGAACGUCACAGUGCUCGGGCUUGGCUGUUCUGGCAUGUACGGUGUCGACUGUUGAUGGGUUUCCCCUCAAAAUAUCGUUUUGUUUUAGUUUCCUCUAAAUGGCUCUUUGACCUAAAGGCAGAAAGGUCUUUAGUGGAAACUCCUUGUGGGCCAUUUGCCAGGCACUAUUGGAAAGUUCUUAUGAAAUGUGCUGCUCAACGAACAUUGUAAGAAAAUUUUGCUCAUUUGUCUUAGAAGCUGUUGUGAAUUUGUGAGCCAACUAUUACUGCAUUGCAUGCAGCAGGGAAUUUACAAUCUCAUGUCAAAAAAAGCAAAAGGAUGCUUGCUCUCGCUUCUGCAAUGCCGUUAUGCAGUGUCAUCGAAAGCAGCUGGCCACCAAUACUGUUUGCUGAUUUCUUGGUUGCGAGAGCAUUCCCAGUAAUACAUAAUUGCUAGUUUUAAAUUAAAUGAACAAUAUUUGUCCGCAAUGUGAAAAAAGAGAAAAAAUAUUUCACCUUUCCACUGUGCGUGGCCUCGGAGGUGGCAUAGCUUUGUUGCACAGCUUUGUCUACUGCAGCCGUCACUGGGUGCCACGACAAGCCCUUUCACCACUGUGGCACUCAACCUUUUUUUGGUCAAGAGCUUUGUCCUCUUGGCCUAUCCGCUGUGUAGCUUCCAGUGUGCUAGCAGAGACGAAAGGAGAAAGAAAGCCAGGUAUCGGUGUGAUAACUCUGCCCACAGUUGAAGGAUUCAUGAAGCUUUUUCGGCAUGAGAUUCCUGAGACAACAUUCUUUAAUAGUGAGGCCAUUCCAUGAUUAGUUACAGAAGUGUUACAGGGCUUCUUUAGCUGUUGAACGACACCCGGUGGCACACAUGUCAAAGUGACAGGACAGCCAUUUUGUAAGACGACGGUUGUCAUGAUCGGGUCCAGUGCACCUGCAGCCAGACGCACAAGUGAAAGCUGGUAGGCGUAGUGGUUGAGGCACAGCAGAGCUUUUAGAAUAGUGUUAAAGUCGAAUGGGGUUAUAAUGCAGUCAGAUCCGACACAAACAUACCUUCAUUAUAUCUAACAAUCAUUAUGAGCGUACACAUUGAUACUGUCAAAUACGCAUACAACCGAGUUCACAAAAAUAUGCGAAUAAGUUCAAUAUGCAGUUGACUUCCAUUAAUACAGUCCUUAAGUAUGGGACUGACGAAACUUGUGGCAUGUAUUAUCCGGCGGUUCAGAUUAAACGAAAGGCAAAAAAAAUGCCAGGACACGCUGUUGAUUUGCUUGGCAGUAUUGCCUUGGCAGUCACCGCAAUACAGCCACGUUAUGCGGUGAAGCAUACCAACCUGAAAAAAGUGCGACUGUUACGGGACAUGGCACAUGUUUUUUUUUAUUUACACAUGCACGUGCGCUGUUUCGGUCUCAGUAUGAGCACUGAGACGCAUAUGUUCACUGGCCGGCCUUCAGAGCUUUAGGUUGAUCCCUCCUCUUUUGUUGGCUUUAAACAUCUCCUUAAUUGACUAUUUUUUUUUCAUUUCACUGCCUUCCUGUUUCGCUAGCUUUCCCAAAACAUAGAUGGUUUUUCUCAGCUUCUCGGUGCAUGGCGCAGGUGUGCGCAUAUAAUUAAGGAACGCUUGCUAGGCCCUGUUAAUGGUCUCGUAUACAACCCAGGCAGUACAAACUCAUCUAGAAGACAAAGUAUUUGGGCUUGUUCAAGCCAAAAGGUUGCCUACAAUCCGGCUUGUACAAGCUGAGCAAUAGCCCUAGAAUUACACAAGCACUUCUGAAGCCAAGGUAAUGCUCCCUCCGUAUUCGUCUUUGGGAAGUACAUGUAAAACUCGCGUGUGAAGGCUUAUUUUGCUUGCCCGAGAAAAUACAGGGGGUUUCAGCGAACACUUCCAAGCAUUUAAAGAAAAUUUCUUGGGGCAGAUAGCACAAUCCUAGUCCAAUAGCUGGUCUACUCUAAGAAGCGGGCAUUACUUACAGAAAAAAAUUGAAAUGCGUAAUCGACUAAUUAACAAACAUACACUAAUUAAGUUGUAGUCUUAUUGAUUUAUGGCACAUAUUAUAAUUUACAAAUUAUAACGGGUGAGAGCGCAUGGCAUAUCCACUUGAAAUGAAUUGUGUGGAUGACACCGUUUGUGGGAUAUGCGCCAUCAAACUUGCGGUAAAAGAUCACUGUCUUUCCACCUAAUUUCCUAACAAAGCAUCGUUUUAUGCAUUGAAGUACAAAAGUAACUGGAACACCAAUGCAUUUCUGCGCGAAGUUCGUGAAUUAAUAUCUCAAAACUGGUGCCAUCUUGAGAAUUCGUUCCAAGUGGAUCUGACUUCUGAACUCCUUGGCUAGAUUUUGUAAAUUGCAAUAUGUGUCGUAAGGUAAUUAGCUACAAUUUAAUUAGGAAGAUUUAAUGAGUCAGUUAUAAAUUAAAUUUCUUUUGUGCAAGCAAUGUCCACCUCUUCGAGUAGACCAGCUCGUGGACUAGAAUUGUGCUAUUUGCCAGAGGCAAUUUUUUAAAAAUUUGUGAAGGGCUUCUCUGAAACACCCGGUAUGCAAUCUACCCUUUAAAAAGAAAAGGUGAACUAUGUUAAUCAUGCGCUAAUGCAGGUCACUGGUGCUGGUAUGCUUUUCUUGAAACCAGUGUCAUGAUUCAGGAUUUCUGGUAGAUAUACAUGCAUUCAAUAUGACUGGUUCUAACUUCAAUCAAUCUUUAUCAAUGAAUCAAUCAAUCUUUAUUUAUCCAGAAAAUCUGGAUGGUCUUCAGGGCGCCGCUCUAGGCAGCUUGACUGGGUCCCUGGAGACCGUUACAUUGGCAGCAUGCGACGUUCCUUCCGCAAUUUUACAAAUGCGGCAAAUCAUGCAGACAUGUCGCAAUUACAGUGGAUGUUGGUACUUAUGAAGAUAACAGAUUUACAAUAUGAAGCACGCGAAAUGUUGACAAAGUACUAAUAAAUUGACCAUCUUAAUAUACAAAUUUUAAAUGCACAGUAAGUCUUUGUAGUCGAAAAUGAGCAAGUAAAAUUGACUAUGAAGAAUACAAGAAUAGAAAUUUAAGAAACAUAUAGCGAAAUAGUGGAUGAGAGAGACUGAUACCUACUUGGGCGACAAGGUAAGAGCAAUAUAUAAAAUGGCAUAAAUAUGUCAUUCCAAUAAUCACGUGAAAACUGUUGUUCACGACAUGGAUACGAACUGUUGCCGCAAUUGUCAGUGUGUAGCAGUCAUUGUUUCUGGAAAUUUAUUCAAAAUGCAUGGUAAGUUGAAAUGAAGUGCUUGUAAAUUGUAGUUAGUUCAGAAACAAGGUACGAACCAUGAGGCGUUUGUCGCGUACGCCUAUUAGUGUCAGCUUUUAGGCAUGCUAUUGUCGCAAGGAAUUCUUUAAAAGUGUCUGAAAAGUAAAGAGAUUGUAAAAUCUGACAUUUGUACAGGUGCCGAAUUUGUAUGAUAUCGUAAUCUUGAAAAGACUGUUUUAGUUGAAGCCAGAUAAGGAAUAUUUGCUACAUGUCAAAGAAUUUUCUUUUGCAAAAGCAGAAUUUUAUUUAGGUUCUGUUGUAGUAGUCUAUACCAAGCUGCAGUAAUUAAUGUGUGACGCUAAUAGCGCGUAAUACACCUGGAGUUUUACCUUCGAGGGACGUAAGUGUUGACGUCGUGAUAACGUACCAGCAGUGGAUGAAAGUCUUUUGCACAGCUUCUACAUGUGAAGGUGAGCGGAAAAUGUAACACCGAGUACCCUGUGCUCGCUUACUUUAGUGAUGUUCUGACCUUCUAUAAAAUAGGGUUUAGCAGAUCGGGUGCUUUAUUUCUUGCACGGAAUAGAACUACUUUUGUUUUUAGAGGAUUAAUACUUAUUUCAUUGAAGCUGGACCAUGUGGGAAACUUUGAAAGUGCAUUAUUACUUUUAAAUGCCAAACCGUUGAUGUCAGGACCAGAAAAUAGUAUGGUGCUGUCAUCGGCCAAUAUAAUAAAUUUCGCUGGUUUAUCAAUA